AUGAAGAAGUCCGCGUCGGAGCUGCAGCUGGAGGCGUUCAUCCGGGAGAGCGGCGCCGGCGUCGGCGCCGGGCGUAGCAAUCCCGGGUGCGGCGGACCAGGCGAGCCCGGAGGGAGCGGCGUGUUCUCGCCUGGCGGCGCCCUGCCCGGCGUCGGUUUCGCCGACUCGAACACCAUGGAUGACAGCAGUUGGUGGUAUGGGAGCGUCCGCACGCCGAACCCAGACAUGUCGCGGGCGGCGUCCAUCUCCGCCAGCCCCGGGGCAACCACCUCAGCGAACCAUGCUCUUGAAAGCGAGUCAGACUCCGACAGCGAAUCACUCUACGAGGUAGAGGGAGUUCCAUAUGAGCGAGGCAACAAAUCCAUUGAAACGAAGCGAAUAAGAAGGAAGGUGUCCAACAGGGAGUCUGCGCGACGGUCUAGGCGGAGAAAACAGGCGCAAUUGUCUGAACUUGAGUCACAGGUUGAACGACUUAAAGGUGAAAAUGCAACAUUGUUCCAGCAACUUUCAGAGGCCAACCAGCAGUUCAAUACUGCAGUCACAGACAACAGAAUCCUCAAAUCCGAUGUAGAAGCGUUAAGAGUCAAGGUGAGCAGUUCGCUUCUCGCAGAAACAGCUGCCACAACCACUGAACCAUCACAAAUGUUGCGACUCUCUAACAGUCUAACCAAUCGGUUUGAAUUGCAGGUAAAGAUGGCAGAGGAUAUGGUAGCGAGAAGUGCUAUAUCUUGUGGCCUAGGCGACCUUGGCCUGGCACCAUAUCUGAACUCAAGAAAGAUGUGCCAAGCUUUGAAUAUGCUCACAACCACAGGGUUGGAUUUACUAGGGAGUGAUGCGUUCAGAGGUCCAACCGCAGCUCCACAAGUACAAAACUCACCAGUACAAAGCACUGCAAGCCUAGAGAGUCUGGAUAAUCGAAAGUCCAACGAGGUGACCAGUUGUGCGACGGACAUUUGGCCUUGA